UGCGCAGAUCGAUUGCGUGUCGGUUGGCACUGCAAUAGUUUACGGUGGCUUCAUUGUAAUACAAAUAAUAUCGACAGGCAAGAAACUAGUGCUCAAGAAAAUAAAACGCUAAUUAUUUACAACUCUACCUGACAUAACAUAACAAUUUAUGAAGCAGAUCUACAUUAAGCAUAGUCAAUUUUACGAGUGAAUCUUCCAGACAAAACAGGUCAAUGAAUAUAAGUUAAGAAAAACGAAAUUCGUAAUUAACAACAAGUCGGUUACUAAAAAUAAGUCAUGAACCACCAAAUUGUUCACUAUUACAAAAAUUAUAAUAAUUGAAACAUGGAAUCUAAGGAAGACAGCAAUCACUUCAAACUUGGACAUGCCCCAAUGGCUUCAUUUGAAGAUUUUACUGACGAUGCAGAUAAUGAAGAACACCUCGGUCGAUUGUCUGGAACAAGUCGAUCUGGAACUUCUAAUCCGAAAAGCUCUCUUCAAACUUCAAGCACACCCAGAAUUGAUAUAAGUCGAGCAAGUAGCUCAUCCCAUCACGAAGAUAGCUGUAACUCUAGGGAAUCUUCACCAGAACGAGAACUUCUUGCAGGAGGUGAACCACCUGAUGGAUGUAACAUAAGAUUAAAUUACAAGGAAGAUGAUCAAGACUUAAGAUCCUCUACAGAAGAAUUGGAUCUGCCAGAUCCAAUUCAUGAACAAGACUUUAAGAGAGAAGCUAAACGAACUACGAAAAGAUUGAAGGAAGAUAAACUCCGUUCUGAAUGCUGCAUUUCAAUGAAAUCCCAGGAAAGAGAACGUAAAGAUAGCAAUUGUUCAGAAAUAAUAUUACUGAAUAUAAGUGGAAGAACUUCGCGGCUGUCAUCAGUUGGAAGUCAAGGGUCCGGGCAUUCUGGAAAAAUGUCAGUGGCAUCAAACGUGUCUUCGAGGUCACCAAGUCCACAUAAAUGUCUUUUGGAAACAUCUUUUUGCGGUCACAGUCCAACUCAGUUUAAUAAUUUAGAACCAACAAAAAUUGAAAUAGAAGAUAUAGAGAAAAUUCUUUUAGAAAGAGAAGCUGAUACUACUAAAGCUUUAAUUCCAAAUGACAUAAAAGUACAAACUAUGGGUGGCAAAUUUAAACCAGAUCCUCUUGACAAGCCUAGGAGACGUGGGCGUGAGGAACGAAAAGAAUUUUUCAGAAGAGAAGUGGAAAUUACAAAGAAAGUACUUGAAGAAGCUAAUAUAGAGGUGCGUGUUGUUCGAAGAGAAGUGCAAGAAGAUAUUCAAAAAGAAAACAAUGAAAAUGAAUUAUUAAAAGCAACUGGAGAUUCAUAUAGUUCAAUGCAUAAUCUUCAUACACUAAGAAGAGGUACCAGUGGUUCCAUAAGAGAUUCCGAUGGAGACUCAAAAGAUUCUAAGAAAAACAGUUUUGUUUCCUUAUUCAAGGUAAAACAUGGUAAUGAAUUCACUGAGCCUCAAACGCCUUGCGUUUGUUCUAAAACUCGACGGAAUUCAUCAGUCAAAAGAAAGGGGUCAUUUGAUAAUCUAAAAAAGUUUCAUAAAUGUCGAGAAAAAUUAUGUGCUGAUCAAAACCGACCAGUUAGUAUUGAGGCAAGAAGUAAAAGUCUGUUUUCUUCCACAUUAAGUAUUUUUCGAAAGAAAGAAAGAAAGAAAAAUUCUGAAGCCACUUCAGAGAGUGAAGAUAAUAAUGAAAAAGUUAAGUAUUCUACUCCAAAGUGUUUAAAUGAUAAAGAAUUGUCUUUUAAGUCAAUUCAAAAUUAUACAGAAAAUCAACAUACAAUGCAGUACUCUUCUGCUAACUAUAAUGAAAGUGAAAAAGUUUUACCUUCCGAAAGCAUAUCAAUGCCUGUAGAAAGUCCAACACAGCUUUUAGACGAAUAUGACUUACAGCAUAGAUUAGAUAAAAAUGACAAUACCACUGACAAUGCUAAAUUUAGUAUUGAAGUUGAUACUCACUGCCCGAUUAAAAAAUCUUCUCAAUGCAUAGAACAAGUAGCGUCAAAUUAUUUGGAAAAUUCAACGACCACCAAAGACAUUGAAUACAAUGAAUACAUAAAACCUGAUUGUGAUGACCGAAAAUCUGCUCCUAAUGUUAGUUCCACGAAAAGAGGAAAUUUAAGAGUAAAGAGAAGAUGUAAGGAACCUCAAGAAAGAAUAGAUGUGUCGUCAGAGGAAAGUAUUGAAUCUGUUUACGUUAGUUGUCAAAAAAUACAAAGAAGGAAGCAAAUUAUUCAUGAGCAAGAUCAAAUGUCUUUACAGUUUCAAAAUCAAAGUCAAAAAGAAAGUAAUGAAUUAGAAUUAGAGCAUAAUAGUUCCGAAUCUGAAAAAGAUUCCGAAAUUGAGUUUCUAAAACAAAAAACAGAAAGAGGUUUCGAAGGAGCUUCUGAUGAAGGGAAAAGUUUAUUUUAUGAAGAAAGCUUUGAAGAAGAUUACUGUAUCUUACCUGCAACUCUAAUUAAAGAGAAAGACAGUUCUGUCAAUACGUUACCUUCUAGAGGAAGACAACUUGAGUUGAGAACGGUACCCAUUGAGAGACCUCGAUCGGCGACACCGAUUAAUCCAACUCUACUUGACAAUUUUGUUAUGCAUACAUCUUUGGACGAACCAUGUGCCGAAAAGAUGAAAAUAUUUUUACCAAGAGGAGAAAGUUGUAAGACAAAGAGCCAUCGAAAAAUGUCGGCCAACACUUUCACAGAAUUUGCGGGUAAAGUUCAAGAUAAAGUUCAAAAAAACAUAAGCAAUACACCAAAGUCUCCAUCGAUACCAUUAAAGUUACUAAAUGUCCAACCUAGUAAUUGGAUUAAUUUUGAUGAGAUUCCGGAAAAACGAAGAAUUCCAAAACGAAUUCAAACAAUUCCACAAUCAGAAGAAGAGGAUAAAGUAAAAACUUUUAAUUACGUGCAACCUGAAGAGUGCAGAUGUAAUUGCCAUGAAAUGCAAGCAGAAGCUUUGAUGGAAAGAAACGGAGAAGUAUCGUUACUUGGUCAGUCUUGCACAAAUUCCGGUGGACGUUCAUGUAGUGGUGAUAACUGUAUCGUAACUAGAAACUGGAGUGAUCGCACAAGCAUAUUCAGUGACAGCUCCUUAGAAUGCGGCAGUAGCUUUGAAGAUUCACCAUUACUAGUGACUCCAAAACAAUCUAAACCUUUCAGUAUGGAUCUAGAUGUGAAAUCUAAUAGAUCAAGUACUAUAUCACAAGAGGAAUCAGGUGGUACUUAAAAAAAGUUGUUCAUCUCUUAAUUUAUGAUGAAAGUUUAACAUUGAUCGAAUUUUACAAGUCAUAGAGUUAUUAAACUUUAUGCUUCAGAAGACAAGCCUUGAAAUUUUAUGAAGUGAUGAAGAUUUUUAAACUUCUUAUAAAUGAUUUAGUACCUGAUGAAAUAAGUACUGUAUAUUUAUAUUAGGAUUGCAAUCGCUUGAUUUUCAAAGAAAGCAGAAAUUUAAUUCGCAAUAUCCCAUUGUAUACUUUUAGUUUACAUUGCUCUUAUUAUAGCAAAAUCUUAAAAAUAAAAAUUAAUUAGAAACU